CUGAGAUGGCUGAACAACAACUAGGAGUACUGAAGGCACUCGAUGUUGCGAAAACGCAACUUUACCAUUUCACGGCAAUUGUCAUCGCUGGAAUGGGCUUCUUUACCGAUGCAUACGAUCUGUUUUGCGUCUCUUUGGUGACCAAGCUUCUUGGCCGCCUCUACUACUUCAAUCCAUUGUCAGAAAAGCCUGGCUCACUUCCCCCUCAUGUUGCGGCGGCGGUCAACGGUGUGGCCCUUUGUGGAACCCUUGCUGGUCAGCUUUUCUUUGGAUGGCUAGGUGACAAGCUUGGAAGGAAAAAGGUGUAUGGUAUCACUUUGAUCAUGAUGAUAGUGUGCUCCGUGGCUUCUGGUCUAUCUUUUGGUAACGAAGCCAAGGGUGUCAUGACCACCCUUUGCUUCUUUAGGUUUUGGCUGGGUUUUGGUAUUGGAGGUGAUUACCCUCUUUCUGCUACCAUUAUGUCUGAAUAUGCUAACAAGAAGACACGUGGUGCUUUCAUCGCGGCCGUGUUUGCCAUGCAAGGUGUUGGUAUCUUAGCCGGAGGUUUCGUGGCACUUGCUGUCUCCUCCAUUUUCGACAAUAAAUUCCCAGCUCCGACCUAUGCAGUCGACAGGGCUCUUUCAACGCCUCCACAAGCUGACUAUAUUUGGAGAAUCAUCGUCAUGUUUGGUGCUCUACCCGCAGCCUUGACUUACUACUGGCGUAUGAAGAUGCCCGAAACUGCUCGUUACACCGCCUUGGUGGCAAAGAACAUCAAACAGGCCACACAAGACAUGUCCAAGGUCUUACAAGUACAGCUUGAAGUGGAGGAAAGAGCAGAGGAUAUUGUUCAAGACCCUAGACUUAACUAUGGCUUGUUCUCUAAGGAAUUUGCCAAACGUCAUGGUCUUCCCCUCCUUGGAUGUACCUCCACUUGGUUCUUGCUAGACAUUGCAUUUUACAGCCAAAACUUGUUUCAAAAAGAUAUCUUUUCGGCUAUUGGAUGGAUCCCAAAGGCAGCAACCAUGAACGCAAUCCACGAGGUUUUCAUGAUUGCUAGGGCACAAACACUCAUUGCCCUUUGCAGUACCGUCCCCGGCUAUUGGUUCACGGUUGCAUUUAUUGAUAUCAUGGGAAGGUUUGCGAUACAACUAAUGGGUUUCUUCAUGAUGACCGUCUUUAUGUUUGCAAUUGCUUUCCCAUACGACCACUGGAUCAAACCGGACAAUCGUAUUGGUUUUGUGGUUAUGUACUCCCUCACUUUUUUCUUUGCUAACUUUGGACCAAAUGCAACAACUUUCAUUGUCCCAGCUGAGAUCUUCCCGGCCAGGCUAAGGUCGACAUGCCAUGGAAUAUCAGCCGCGACAGGUAAGGCUGGAGCCAUCGUGGGAGCUUUCGGGUUCUUAUACGCAGCUCAGCCCCAGGACAAGACCAAGACGGAUGCAGGAUAUCCACCGGGCAUCGGAGUCAAGAACUCUCUGAUCAUGCUUGGUGUCAUUAACUUUGUCGGUAUGCUCUUCACCUUCCUUGUCCCUGAACCCAAGGGUAAGUCACUUGAAGAGCUCUCUGGUGAGACUGAGACUGAGAAAUGAUUAAACUGUCAUAUUGUCAAUUUCUUUUGUUGUUUCCGGUUGUGCAAUUUACUGUUUUUCCAAUGGGUGAUGU